UAAUUAAUAAUAUGUCAUUGCCUGGGUGUUGCUUUUGAGUCCGCAUGAAUCCAUCCCUGGGAGAUUGUAUCUCGUUCUGGCUAAACUCCUUGCGUUUCUCUCUCUCUCUCUCUCUCUCUCUUUCUCUCCAACUCUCUUUUCGACAGCCAGCCUUGGGUGACACAUCUUGGGAUUUAAGCAGACACGCUGGCUGUAGCCCGUCACAGGGGCGCCCAGGGUGGUCCAGGCAUAUGUCCACACGCCGAAGGUUGGACUGUGUUGGUGCCAUGUCGUCUUUCGGGAAGCUGACCGAAUACUUCAGCCUCCGGAAAUCCAGGAAUGAAUUUCGAUCCGAUCGGCGGAAUAGCCGGAGGAGUGGCAGUUACUGCUGUAAUCUCACCGAAUGCAGGUCGCUUGACCGGAAGUCUCAGAGGCCACUUUUAGGAAAGUCUCGGACACUUCCAAGUAUCCCUCAAUCCCCGGUCAUCAGCCGAGUUCCACUUCUAGACUCCAAACUGUACAGAAAAGAGAUGCCUGAACAGAAACACAUUCGGAAUCACUCUGCCCCCGAUUGUCAGAAAGGAUGCACAGUGCCCUCUACUGGAGAGGCUUGGGAGCUAGAAGAUGACUGCAUCAGUCCCAGAAGAGACCCCACCAUGCAAACACGACUCUGCACUGUGAUGGAUGAAGCCCCUUUCCGGGCGAUCCGAACUCGGUCCUUCUACAUGAGGAAAAGCCUAUCUGUGGACAACCAUCUAAGUUCCCUCAGUUAUCCUCUCCACCCGAACGAAACGAAGACGGAGCGAGUCAAAACGAAGCUUCGGAGGCAGUUUAGCCUGGGAUCGGCUGACAAGAAGGAUUUGUACUCUUCAAAGUCUUCCUCACCAAAAAUGACCCAGCAACUAAGAGAUCUGCAGCUGGCCCAUGCUCGAAAGCAGUCGGGACCGUCAUCCCCAAAUGCCGCCAAGAGGCUUUAUCGGAAUCUCUCUGGAAAAUUCAGAGUUAACUACAUGUCAUUUGAUGAAGGAAACCUAGCCGGGAAAGGUGAAAAGGAGAAACAGCGAAAAUCCUACCUGUUUCAAGGCAAUGCUGCUCUAUUUGAGGCCGUUGAGUUGCAAGACCUGGAUAAGGUGCAAGAACUACUCAAGCAAUACAGUCUGGAGGAACUGGAUCUUAAUACUCCUAACAGUGAAGGACUCCUGCCGCUAGAUAUCGCCAUCAUGACCAACAACUCGCCCAUUGCCAAGACCCUCUUGCUGGCUGGAGCCAAGGAAAGUCCUCACUUUGUAAGCCUGGAGAGCCGGUCUUUGCAUCUGGCAACCCUGGUUCGGGAAGCAGAACAGCGGGUGAACGAUCUCACCGCGCAAGUGGUGAACGAGCUGCCCAACGCGGAAAGUUCAGAAAAGGAGAAACAGCUGAAGGCCUGGGAAUGGCGAUACCGGCUUUACAAGCGCAUGAACGCCGGAUUUGAACAUGCACGAGUCCCAGAUCCACCUACAAAUGUCCACCUUUCAGUGGCCAGCAGCACCUCUGUCGAAGUGUCAUUUCAGGAACCUUUAAGCGUCAAUUCAGCGAUUGUCACCAAAUACAAAGUUGAGUGGAGCUGCUCGCCCACUUUUUCUCCACCGCUGGGCGAAAUGGUGAUUGACAAGCUGAAAAAACUCCAGAUCACCAUCCACGGCCUUGUCUCGGGUACAGCUUACUAUGUCCAGGUAUCUGCCUACAACAUGAAGGGUUGGGGAGCCCCACAAACAUCAGUACCAUCCUAUGCCAUCCCCUCAAAUUGGAGAGAAUACGACGGGAGGGCUCCACGUCAGAGAGGACAAGCCGAAGCUCUGGACCACCUCCUUAACCAGGUGAAGAUGGUGCACCAACAUUGCGUGUGUCACGAGCCAUGUAAGAAUCAGCCCCAGAGUAGAAAACACUCCGUCUCCAAAAGUCUAAAGUACCUCUUCCAUCCUAGUAGCAAAUUUUUAAAGACACUGAAAAGGGGUCUCUAUCUCGCCUCCAUAUUCUACAAGGAUGACAAUAUUCUGGUGACCCCCGAAGACCAGGUCCCUGUGGUGGAGAUCGACGACACCUAUUCCUGCUUGCUUAUGCAGGAUUUCCUUUGGUUCACCAAGGUGUCGUGCAUGUGGGAUGAAAUCUUGUGGCUGCGACAGUGCGUCACCGUCUCCCAGUCUUCCUGUUCCUGCGUUCUCCAAACACGUUUCAAGAUGCUGCUGGCCAUCUCACAAAUGCAGGGUCUGCUAGGAAUCCAAGACCUGGGUCAGGUGUUUUUUGAACCCAUCAAAGACAAGCAAGGGAACAUUUUGGUGGUCACCCUAAAAGAAGUGAAGACCAACCAAACCUUUGAGAGCGUUCGCUGGGUCCCUCUCUCCAAGCUGCAGACCAGUCGCAAGUCAAUCUCUUCCCCUGAAGAACCUACGGCUCUGGAUGUCCUUCUUAUGACCAUGCAGGAGAAGCUAGCUUACCACCAGAACAGCAGCCAAUCGCUUCCCCCUGGACUUUACCUGGGUUACCUGAAGCUCUGCAGUGCAGUUGACCAGAUCCGAGUGUUGGUGCCUGAACAAUUACCGAACAUCUUGUGCCAUGUGAAAAUUCGGAGCAAUUCCAACGUAUCUAGAGAGGAAUGGGAAUGGCUGCAGAACCUGGCUAGCAUGGAAGAGGCCAUUCCCUCCGAGCAAGAACUGGAAACUUCUCAGCAGCUUUUUCUUCAGGAGCUCCAAGGGGCCAUCCGAGAGCUGAUGCAGCUGGUCAACAUCCCACUUCACGAGGCCAAAGAUUUCCGCCUCUACAGUCAGGAAGUUCUGGAUUUUGGACCACAAGUCUCCUUCCUUCUACUUCUUCCCCCUUCAGAUGAUGUGUGCACUGCUCCUGGCCAGAAUAACCCUUACACCCCUCGGUCUGGCUUCCUCACCCUUCCUCUUCAGAUCUUCGAGUUAGUUCAUUUCUUCACUUAUGACCACGAGUUCAUUAGGCAGUAUUGCCAAGCAUCUGCAUUUCUGGAGCUGGAAUCGCUCCUCUCUCAACAGAGCCUGCGGGAGGCCUUUUCGGACUCUGAACUAACGACUGCCAAGCAGCGGCAUCAGCAAGUUCAGGAUUAUAUACAGCAAAUGGAAGAGAUUUGGCGAGAAAUGCGUUGGAUGAUGGACGCCUUGCAACACGCCCGAUACAAGCAACCAUCUUGUGCCCUCCCACUUGUGUGGUUCGUCAAAGAAUCGAGCACAGCACAAAACGAGAAAACUCAAUCCACCUCUUCUCACUUAGACUUCCUUCCGUCGCCAACCCCAUCUCCUGAAAUGAGCCGUAAACUCAACUCUGAUUCACAUGGGAUCUCAGAUGAGGAGGGGUCCUCAGAAGUGUUCUUAGCUACCGACAGCGAUUAUGACUCCAGCAGCGCUCAGAGCCCUCGGGAACUUGACCUCGUCUACUCUUCUUCGGGACUUGAAUGCUGCAGGAGAAGAACUCCCCGCCCCUUGAGGGACAGCGCCCCUGACGUCCUCCAGAGCCACGAGCUCAAGAUGGCCCCCAUGCCUCCUAAGGAGCCUCAGCCUCUCUCAGAGCAAUACGACAGCGACUUCGUGCUUCCCAGCCGACAAAUUGAGCUGCUGCGCAUCACGGAGAAAAGGCAGGCUUACUGUGUCCGGACCAGCAGUCUGGAUUUCCCCAAGCCCUUCUGUCACGGGGCCAGGAAGUCUUGUCCUGGUUCGGUGGACAGCUCUCCAACCGAGAGCAGGACGGCUGGCCACUGCAGCUCUGUGCCAUCUGGAACGAGAUCCGCUUUCAGUUCCAGCCACGAUUGGCACGCGGAGAGCUCGGGGCCUGUGUUUCGGACACGUUCGGUAGAGUGGACUCAGACCUUCCAGGAGACCUCUGAGACGGGACAUGUAGCAAACUGGGGCAGGUUGCCAGGUUCCUUCAUCGUACGUGUAUGCGCUCAAUACGAAACGGGGCUCUCCAAAGAAACCAUCGUCAAGCUGCCCCUCACUAACAAGAUGUCGGCAGAAGAUGUGGUGAAGUUGGUAGUCCAGGAGACGAACGAGGUCUCGCGCAAAGUCCUGGGAAACGCCAACGCGGUCUGCUACGGCGAAGAACAGUUGAGCCACUUUGCGUUAGUGUUCGUAUCGGAUGACGUGGAACAGUGCCUCCCCAACAAUUUCCUGCCCCUCUCCCUCCAAAAGGCCUGGCCGAAUGGGAGAUUCUGCGUCCGGAUCAAAGACAUGUCCCCUCUCUUGUUUCGGUAUGGCCCAGCCACAACGGUAUGAGGGGGGAAGGACACCAGAAGGAGAACAAAACACACAAGGACCACCCAACUUCCAACGAGCAGAAAGCUCACCACCAAUGCUUCCUUCUGAACGGACACUUUCGGGCCAGAUGUUGCGGGCCAGAAGCGUAUUGGGCAGUGUGUUGCUUUUGUAUGUUUGUGUGUGUGUGUAUGUGCGUGCGUGUGUGUGUGUGUGUGUGUGUAUGCGUGUGUGUGUGUUUUAUUUUACCAAAGAGACAACAAGACCUGAUUGUUAUGACCUCAAGAAGUGAGGGUGAAACCCAGGAGCCUUUGGGGGGGGGAGGGGUGAAAUUCGACUUUUGAUCAGCCGAGACAACAAAGCUGGUUAGGGAUAAAGAAGCAAUAUGUAAUUAUAUAUAUUUUUUCAGAACAGUGUAGAGGAGAGAGAAACGGGGUUGAAAGAAAUGCUGGGAAUACACCAGAGCAGGGGUCUCCAGGUCUCCAACCUUGGCAACUUUAAGCCUGGAGGACUUCAACUCCAAAGAAUUCAAAUUCAAAUCUUUAUUGUAUUUAUUACCUAUGUACAAUGAGAUUGGUGGUGCUCCCUCAGGGCACCCCCCCCAACACAAUACAACUCACAGUGAAGACAAAACAAACCCCUCACCCAAUAAAUCAUAUUAACAAAACACCCAGUCCUAUUGCACCAGUGUGUACAUGUUACACGCUGCACCGGCCCUGCAAGUCCAUCAUACUAUGUAGUUAUGAUGUUAUUUCUCAUUCAGGAGUCCUGACAGCCCACGGAUAAAAACUGUUCUUCAGCCUAUUUGUGCGGCUGGCUAUGCUUCUAUAUCUCCUUCCCGAUGGUAGGAGGAGGAGGAGAAGGGCGGUAUAGAAAUAUAAUAAAAUAAAUAAAUAAAUAAAUAAAUAAAGAAGCUCAAUGUCAGCGUUCCAGAAAAAAAACCCAACUCCAAGUAAAAACUCCGAAGCAAGCAUUUUUUCGAAUUUGCUUUGCUGGCUGGUGAAUUCCGGGAGUUGAAGUCCUCCAGGCUUAAAGUUGCCAACAUUGGAGACCCUUGCACCAGAGGGUUCUCCAGGAAGGGGAAAAGGCCAUGGCAAUCUCACAAAUUUUAUGUCCUGUUACCUGUUUCUGUUUCGUUAUACCUGGAAAAGUAGGAAAUUGCCCUUAAUUCUUUGAACAAACUCUCCUCUUUUUUGAACAAAGCAGUUAAUAAAAGACGAACACGAGAUAUUCGUCUUUUAACUGCUUUGUUCAAGUUGUUAAAAGGACUAACUGCUUUAAAUUUCUCCUCUUUUUUUUUUUUUUUCCUUAAUUCCAUCCUGGCUGUUUUGUAACACAGGAUUUUGUGGCGGCUCAAAAUCUGCGGGAAGCUCAAGUCCUUUCUCUCUCCAAAGUUUAAGAGAUCAUACUUUUAUCUUUGGGAUUUAAAAAAAAAAAACCCUCUUCUUGGUAGGAAGACUGAAUCAACCUUUCCCUUUCAUUCAUUAGCACUUCCAUUCUUAGAAUGAUCCAAAUUGGGCGAACGGCAGGAUUGAUUGGUUUUUUUUAAGAGCUGUGCUUUACUGUAAGACCUUGUUGAUCCCUUUCCCUGAUCUAUCAUCUCCUUCUUUUCUACUUCUCCAUGGAUUUUGGAAGGUACACAGAUAAACAGUGAUUGGGAGUCAACUGUAAGGUUGCUGGGAUUAGGAAUGUCUUCGUUCUGCCUUCUAUUACAGACUUGGUUCAGUGUUCGGAAGCUAUGACCAUCCUUUUCUAUCUUCCAAGUGGAAAAUGGAAACAUCUGCCAAGCCAACCAGGUUUCCAUCUUUCUUAUAAACAAGAGUAGCAUUGAACGGGUCAAGUGGAAAUAACCAAGAGCAUUUCUUGAGUUCAAAUCACAGAACAGUUUAUAAUUGCACCUCUAAUGGUCAAAGCUAAAUUGGCGCUAGAUCAGGGUCAACAGAAUUCUCUUGUGGCAACGCAGCGACUCCACGCUGAUAACUUUUAACCCCACCUUCUAGCUCAGCUCGUUCUCCUACAGAACGGGGGUCUUUACAGAAACUGAUGUAGACAUUCUAGUGGAAGCAGGGAGGAACUUAGCAAAGACAAAGCACAAGCCAGUAAACAUUCAUUCCCCACCUUCUGCCUGAAAAAGGUGCAAAGAUACCAAAGCUAAGAAGAAGGUUUCUUUGGAUGGCUUACAAUGAAGAGCGUACAAUCAUCUGCAAUGACUUUUGAUUUGGUAUCUCUUGUCCAUUCCCAUGAUAGAUAGCACAGAAUUUCUAGAGAAGAGGGGACUGCAUCUUAAAUUGUUCACAGAAUUGUGUAAGAGCCUUCUGGGAGACCAUUCCUAAUUUCUUGGACCAUGGCUAAGUCUUAAGUUCUUAAAUGAAUAAAACUUCACAACAGCUGGACAUCCACGUUUGAGGAGCACGGGUUCCAGCUUCCCAAAUUGCUACUAUUUUUUUUUAAUUGUUCCAAAAGUAGAAACCAUCUCCACACUCAUCCAAAAGACCCCCGUAGGCUGGGGUUGUUGCUUACUAUAAGAGACUCCAAAACAACCUUGAAGGAACCAUCUGUUCUAGAAGGUUGGUAUCUCAGAGCCCUUAAAGACAUAAUCAGUUGUGUAGUCUGAGAGAUCUUAAAAAUUCACACCAGAGAAAGAGAAAUGAAAUAACAAAUUGCAGUGAUGCCUAGCAUAUUAAAAUCUACCUCUUCUCUAUUGUCCCAUUUGGGUUCCAUUGAGAUGAUUGUUCUGAGUUCAUUGUUAGAGGGUUGCUGAAAUUGCCCACAAAGACUUCAGUGACAGGUACCCAAAACCAACUGUGAAAUUACAGGACUUUGACCAUGGACCAUCUCAUAUUUCUUUCAGUUGUAUCCCAUCUCAAUGAAGUAAAAGGCCUCAUAUGGACAAUCUGAAAGCGUUUUUCACUCCAAGCACUGAAGAGAUCCAACCUUACGAUCCAGUGAAAUGGUUUCAUCCUCCAUUUUUCAUCUCUGCCCAUUCUCUGUUUACUGUUUGCCAUGAUUAGGUCUCCUUGCAGCAGAUUCAGAGUAACUCCAGGUCACAGAGGAUGGCCUUGGGAAGUUCUUCCUUCAUAGCCGUCCUACGGAUUCAGUCAGAACUGAAGAAGCUUCUCGGAUGAAGAAGUGAAACAUCUUCAAGGAAAAACAAAGUCCAGUUGCCUUUUGAAAAAGAACCUUUGGGAACAUCCUAUAGAUCAGCGGUCCCCAACUUUUCCAGCUUGGUGGCCUGGCCUGACACGGGGAUAUGUGUGGGUGAGUGGCAGGUGCACAUGUGCAUACACACCUUCGUGUAUGUGAGUCAUGGGCGCAUGACCUCCACUUGCAUGAAUGGAACUUUGCACACGAGCGCAAAUGCCCUCCAAUCACACAAGUGAAACUUCAUGAGUGCACACUUGUCCAGCUUCCCCACGGCCCAGUUUCAAACAGGCCAUUUGCCCUCCCUGGGCUCCAGAGGCUUUUCUCGAGCCUCCGGGAGGGCGAAAAUGGCCUCCCCAGGCUCCGGAGGCCUUUUGUAGGCCGGAAAUGGGGCUGUUUCUUCCUGAACUUUCGGUAGGCCCCCCUUUUCGCCCUCCCUGAGCCUCCGUGCGCGCCCUGCACUUACCUGCAUCCAAAACGGGCUGCGUGGGGACU